UCUUAUAGUAAUCUUAUAAUAUUAGGUAUUAUUUGUAUCUAUCUAUUUUAUUGAUAGUAAUUUAUUGCAAGUUUAAUGUUGAUCAUUCUAUGUUUUCGGUAACAAAUAAAUCAAAACCAUAUUUUAAUAUUAUUAUUAAUUUAUUUUCAUAAUAUUAUUGUUUAUUUACUUGAAACGUUUAGCGAUUAUCAUUUUUCAAUAUAAAUUUUACUACCUAAGCAUUUACAUAAUGGCCGUAUCGGCAGCUGCUGCCUUACUUGAUGAACUUAUGGGACGAAAUCGGAAUGAUGGCCCGAAUGCCCAAAAGAAACCAGUACAUUGGGCAGACUCUGAGGUAACUUAGUUUUUCUAUAAACAUCAACACAUUCGAAACAUUUUCUAUUUUAAUAUAGACAAAUAAAUUACAUAACUUCUUAUUUAUCAAAAAGGUUUAUAAUGCGAUUUUAUUAAAUUUAAUGUUUCACAUAUUAAUACAUUUAAUAGGUAGUAUUAUUUUUUAACCGUAGUUAGUUUUUUGCAUUUCUAUUAAAUGGUGUAAAUUGGUUGGUUGGUCCCUGUGAAAAUGUAUUGUUCUUGACAAAAUCUCUACUUUUUUUUAAUGUGAACAUGUGGUUAGUUAUAUCAUUAUUGAGCAAUAUAAACAUGUUAAUUUCAAACCAAAAAUAAAUUGUUUAAACCAUAUUUUAGGUACUCCAGUGCAUAAAUAGGUUGGAAUUACCAAUUUAAAACAUUACCAUUUGCAUAUUAUCCAAAUAAGUUGCAAUUUUUUAUUUAGUUUUAUUCAACUAUAAGUAGGUAGUCAAUUUUUAUAAACUCUUUAAGAAUCUAAAUAAUAAGACAUCAAUAGAAAAACAUGAGGUUAGAUAAAAGUUUAAAUAAUUAAUUAAAAACCAAAAUGUACCAAAAUCAGGUUUACCUAAAUUGGCUAAAUCCAUAGAAGACUACUCUAUUCAGAAUAAAAGUACACCAGUAUGUGCACGCACAAUUAAACAUUCACACGCAGCUAGACCACCUAAACUUUCAAUCACCGAUUGUACGUCGAUUUCGACUCGUUUUUAUCUGCCACCAGGUGUGCUCUUAUUCUGAAUAGUAUAAAAAACCAAAUUAUCCAUCUCUAUGUUUGAUAUACACAUUUGUUCCUAUGUUAGUGUAUAAACACUAUUUAUUUUGUUUGUUCAUAUGUAAUUUAUAAGUAAACCGUUGCUAUAGCAAUUGUAUUAAUCCAAAAUAUUAAACAUUUAAAUCACAUACUAAAAUAAUAUUAAAUUACAUAGAUUGAUAAUUAUUUAAAAUUUGAAAGUAGUGAAGAAAUUUAGUUUUAUCAAGAUGAAUUUUUUUCCUAUGAAAAACAUUUUUUCUAUUAGUAAUAAUGUUCUGAUUUUGUGUCAUCCAGUACCUUAAAAGGUGUGGAUUUAUGACUGGUGGUAUUUAAUUAGACAUUUUAAAAAACUGUUUCAAAAAACAGAAAAAAAUCAAUAACAUAAUGCAUAGUUUUCUGUGUUACCAGUGAAGAAAUAUGAAUAUUAUAAUCUUAUCAGUUUACCGAGAUAAUUUUAAUUGAAUAUGAUUUACUACUGGCUUACAUUUUAAAUGAUAAAAUAAUGACUAAAUUUUUGUUUCAUACCUAUCUAUUGAUAUUUGAUUACCAAAUUUAUAUUUCAAAUAGAUUUUUAAUUAUUUGUCAUGAACCAUGAUAUAACUAGUAAUACAAUUAGGACCAUAUUUAUUCAAAUUAAAUCAUUAUAUUUUAAUUAGAAAUUUAAUACUAAAAGUAUAAUAUAUAAUAAUUUUAUUGUAAUGGAAAAUAAAUUAUGGGUUGUAUACAUACAUAUAUACAAAUAUUUUAGUUUUGAGUAAAGUGAGGAAUGUACUGGUUUUAUAAUGAUGUUUAUUUUUAUAUAUUUAUAUAAUACAUAAAAAUUCUAAAAGAAAUCUUGUUCCAAUGUUCAAUGUAGCACCAUUUUGAAAGAAAAUUUUCCUGGGAAGGUACUUUAAGGAGGUAAUAUUUUAAUUUUUCAUGCAGUUUUCGAGAAAAACUGGAAAAUCAACGAAAAUAAUGCUUUUAUUAUUUUCAAUUUUGUUUGUUUGUUGUAAUUUAAUUAAAAAUGUUUGUAAACUUGAAAUUUAAACAAACCUAUAUUUGCCUUUUAUAGACAUUUUAAUUUUGUGAGUUUUAUACGUAAUAUUUAUUUGGUAGGUACUUUUACUGUGUUAGACCAAACAGUAAUGCUUGAAAAUUCAACAAGAAGUUCAUUAUAAGUUGUACUUAGUGGUCAACAAGAAAACGUUGAGUUUAAUGUAGUAUUUUUUUUUUUUUUUUUUUAAAUUUUAAUAUUAAAUUUUGACAAAAAUCAUGUAGCCUUUUAAAACAUGUAUAACUAAACUCCACUCAGAAUUGUUUUUCGUUAUCAUUGAUUAAUCAUUGUCUACAAAAAUACAUAAAUUUCCCUUCUAUAUCCUACACUCUCAACUUCUCACCUACAACAGUGACCAAUCCAUCGUGAGAAGUAUGACUGUCUUUUUAAUAAUAUAUUUGAAUGCUAUGUAAUUAUGUUUGGAAUAAAAAUUACCUAUUUUUUCAGUAUCCCUGGGGAAUUUUUGAUUUUACUGAAUUGUAAUUUUCCCACUAUUUUCAUAUAGGUGUUGAAAGUUUUUGAAUUAAGAAGACGUUAUACCCGCAUCUACUGACUCAGUCCAAUUACCUGGUAAAAUGCAAAAACAAUGCUUAUGCAGUAUAAGUAAAACUAACUUAAUUUUAGUGUAAAAUUACCUAUUAUGAAAUGUAUAGAGAACAAUAUUUUGGAGGGAAUGUCAUACGGUUUUUAUGUUAUUUAAUAUAAUAUAUAGCUCUAUAAGGUACAAAAAUCUUUUUUUUUUAAUAGUUGUUAAUUAAAAAUUACUUAAGACAUUCACUCUAAAAUAUUGUUUUCUAUACAUUUCAUAAUUAACUCUUAAAUUAAAAUUAAGCUUAUUUUACUUGUUCAAUGUAAGCAUUGUUUUUGCAUGUUAACCGGUAAUUGGACUGAGACAGUAAAUGCAGGUAUAAUGUCUUCUUAAUUAUUUUAAUACUAAAGACUAUGCCUUGUUGCUACAAAUCUUAAUCUCCAUUCUCUCUAUUCAUCGUCAAUCAUAUGUAUCAUAUUGUAUUUUUAUGUGUCUGAAUUAUUUUAUUUAAAUUUAAAUACUAUCUUAUCUAUAAAUCAUAAUAAAGGUGUAUCUAUAUUAUGUACAUUGUACAUAUUAUUUAUAUUUUUAAUUGUAUUUAUAAAAUAAAAUAACCAAAUGAUUUUUUACAUAUUAUUUUGGUAUAUAUAAUUUUAUAUUUUGAAUUAUCUUAUAAUUGUUUGUUUCAUUACCAAUUUUUUUUUAUUUUUUUAGUUUUGUAAAUAUUUUAUGGUCAAGUUCUGCCCUCAUGACUUGUUUGUUAAUACUCGUGCUGAUCUUGGAGCUUGUCCAAAAGUUCAUUGUGAAGAAGCUAAAACACAAUAUAAUGAAGCUAGUAAUCGUUCUAAGAUGCAAUAUGAAGAUGAGUUUGUGGCAUUUGCUACUAGUUUAUUAAAUGAUGUUGAGCGCCGCAUCGAAAAAGGCAAACAAAGGUUGGAGCUUAUGAAUAAAACUGAAACGGUUAGUAUUCUGAAGCUAUUUUAUUAUUACUUAGGUAACAUUACAUCAUUUUAAUGUGAGUUCUUGACAAAUAUUAUAAAUAACAUAAUUACAGUUAUUGUUUAUAAUAAACGGUACUUAAAUGAAAUCAAUAAUUUCAUUUGGCCUUAAAAGUUGUUAGCGUAUUCUAUAGGUAAUUUAAAAAAUGCAGAUCGUGGUCAGAUGCUGUAUGUUGAUCAUGGAUGCGGCGCUAACGGCCUCGAAUCUUAAUCACGUCAAAGGUUUUCGAGGUACAUCAUUAAAUAAUUCCCCCCAUUUAUAUAUAUAUAUAUAUUUUUUUUUUUUUUUUUAAUAAUAAAUAAGUUUAGAUAUUAGUUUAAAUUAUAUGUAAAUAAUGGGUAAUAAUAAGUCAAAAAUUUAAACCAAUCACGAAUAUAUUUUUGUAUUUUUAACAUAUCUUGCAAUUUGUUUUAUAUUUUCUCUGUAUUUGGUCAAUUUCAUUUGUUUUUUAGGUUGCUCACAAAAACUUAUGUCAAUUUUUUUAUAUGCGUUUACUCACCAGAUAUUUUAUUUUAGAAAUUCUACCAUUAAGAAUAAAAAAUAAAUAGAUAUAUUUUUAAAUUUAAUAAGAAUAUGAUAUAAGUUUGUUCUUAUAAUUUACGUAAUGCAAAACUUACAAUGAUACAAUUUCAUUACUUAUUGAAUCAUAUUAUGAAGACUUAUUUAUUUUAAUUUUUCAUGAUAAUCGUUUUUAUAAAUAUUUUUAAUAAUAAAAUAACAUACCAUACAACUUGAAUUGAAAAAUAUUUAGCAAUCGAUUCAAAAAAUAUUAGUUAUAAGAAUUUUUUUUUGUUUGCUUAGUUUAUAGGUUAUUACUUAUUAUUGGUAUUAUGUAAUUUUAAUAUAGUUUACAUAAUUUGAAUUAUAAUUAUUUUGGGAAAAAUACUCAUGAUCAGUAACAUAUUAUUUACUUAAAUAACAUUCUGUUGCAAUGUUUUGUAGCCGAUGUCUCAUUCAAAUAGUCAAAGUCAGAAAAACCAAGAGCAAAUAAAAUUGUUAUCAGAAAAAAUUAAUGGAUUGGUGCAAGAAGCUGAACAAAUGGGUACUCGUGGUCAUGUUGAAGAAGCCCAAGGACUCAUGAAGCUUUGCGAUCAGUUAAAGGACGAACGUGAUGCUUUGAGAAAACAAAAUGAAAGCAUUCAUUGGUCUCAAGUAAUUUUUUAAAGAAUAUAACCUAAAAAAAUCACGUUAUGUAUUAAUAUAAUUAUGUAACAUUAUUUUUUUUUGUAGACUUAUGAAUUAGCUGCGGCUCAAGAAAAACAAAUGGAAGUAUGUGAAGUUUGUGGCGCUUUUUUAAUUGUUGGUGAUGCUCAAUCUCGUAUCGAUGAUCAUUUAAUGGGAAAGCAACAUAUGGGUUAUGCCCGUUUAAAAAAUGCUGUUAACGAAAUUCAAGAACAAAGAAAAAAAUAUAUUGAAGAAAGAGAAAAGCAACGAGAAGAAGAGAGAAAAAAGCGUAUGGAUCGCACUAGGUAAUUUUUUUUCUAUCUCAUCUAGUCUGAAAUAUAUUUGAAUUGUAUAUUUAUUGCAGAAGUAACUCCAAAGACAUAGAUAGACAUAGUCGUGAUGCUGACCGAGACAAAAAAUUGAAUAGUUCCAAAGAUCGGUCAAAUAGAAUUGAUAGGUAAAAAUGUUAUAGUAGUGAAAACAUUUGAAACUUAAAUAUUAUUUAGUUUAUAAAUAUUUAUGCACUGAUCAUGUGUUAUUUUUGUAAUUUAUUUCAGUUAUAGAGCUUCUUAAAUCAUUAUAAUCUGUUGUAACUAUUUAUUUCACAGAAAAUCAGAAAGACAUGAAAAAGAAAGACGGAGAAGUAGAAGCCGUGAUCGCCGUAAUAGUAGUAGUCAUAGACAUAGAGGUAUUUAUUUUCAUAUUUUGUUUUAUGUUCUGAAUUAAGUUAUUUCUUUUAUUUGUUUUAUUAUAAGGGCACAAUGGCAAUAGUCGAAGAAAUUAUCAUUAAAAUAGUAUCCAAGAUGACAAUACUUUAAAAUCAUUCAUUACACUUAAGGUAAAUAUUUACUUUUCAUGAUAGAGGUUGUUUAGAAUUGAUUUUUAAAAACUCCAUGCUAUUUAUGAGGUGUAAUUUAAAAAUGAGGGUAGGGUUAAGCAUAUAACUAUGUAACUUAUUAAAAUAAAAACAAAAGAAAAAAUCCAUAAAAAUUAUUUUAAUGAAAAAAAAAUCCUGUUACAACUAUGGUGAAAUUAUCACAUAGCAGAAGAAAAUGGUCAUUAUGGGCGCUUUAUUUUCAAAAAGUGCUUACAAGUCAUUCGAAAGUGCAGAUCUUCAAAAAUUAGAUGUGACUUUUUGUCAGGUAUUUAUAUUAAACGAGGUAUUUAUAUAAAGUAAAAUAUCUGAAGUAAAUAAAUACAAUGAAGUGUUAAUAUAUGUAUGCAUGUAUGUGGAUAUAUAUGUAUAUAUGUAUAUGUAUAUAAGUAUAUGUAUAUUAAUUAAAAUAUUUUAUCCUCAAAAAUUUACCACCCUUUAACACCUAUAUUGGAAAAAUGUUCUCCCAGGCCAAUAAUUUUGCUAUAGAGGAAUCAGUUUAUCGGAUUGAUGUUAUAACAUUGUACUAAAUCCAGGGCUUAAAAUCUAAAAUAUCAUUAAAAAUCGAAAAAUUAUACUUCAAAGUAUAACUUCAAAAAUAUUUUAUUAAUGAUAUUCAAAAUUAAUAUAACAAUUUCAAAGCUCUAAUAAUAGCUCUAUUAAUAUUGUUUGUCAUCAAGUAUUGGGAUUCCCAAUAAUAUAUAUGUAACUAAUACAAAUAUUUUUAGUAGGUACUGACAAUAAUCAAUAUUUGGUUUCUUAGAAUAGAUUGAUUAACAAGGUGUUUUAUUAUUACAAACAUAGUGGGUUAUUGCCAUAAUUUAAUAUAAUAGUCUAUGUUUUUUAAAAAAAAAAUGAUUUUAUCAAUUAUUAGACAAAAUGUAUUCUGUAUAUGAUAUAUACAUGUAUUUAUAUUUCAAUUUGUUAUAUUUGAAUACUAAAUACUACUAUAUUUAAUUUUAAAAUUACUUUAUCUAGGCCCUAGGUGCUUUGCAAGCACAUAUGGAAUUUGUUGAAAAAUAAACCCCCGAUUUCUUAUGCCAAAACACAUAAAAUAAGCUUGUAUUUUAUGUACAGUAUGUUGAUAUGCAACCAUGUAGUGAUAUCAAAAACUGUUCUUAUCAUUUUUAUAUAACUACUGUCAGAAGUAUAAUCAAUAAUAUAUAAAUUUCCUAUAGCGUUUAUAGCGUUUCCUAAACUAUAAGUUGAAAAUGAAAAAAAUUGAGGAAAAACUGAAAAUGUACAAAAUAUAAACAUUAGUUAAAAAUUAUUACGGCCUUUUUUCCUAUGAAAAACUUUUCUAGCAGCAAUUUUGUUCCAAUUUACAAUGACGGCACUUUUUCUGAAAGGUAAUCCGACUAGAAAGAUACUUUAAGGAUGUCAUUUUUUGAUUUUCCCAAGAGUUUUCAAAGCAAAUGUUAUAAACUGAGAAAAUCGGUACAGUAUUAAAAACAAAUAUUAUUAAAAAAAGUAUACAAUAACUAUUUUACCAUAAUAUAACAUAUAUAUUGUUGAUAAAGCAUUACUAUCAACUGAACUCUGCUUGGAAACAUUUUUUCGUUAGCAAUGGUUCAUCAUUCCUUAUAAAAAUACAUUAAAUUCCCUUCUGUAUCCUACCUUCCCAACUUCCCACCAACAACAGUGGAGGUUGCCAUAACAAAAAGGUUGGGAUACACUGAGCUAAACUGUUUUAACUCAAAACUUAGUAAUUUUCAUUGCUGCUACGUUAUUAUAAUUGUAAUAUUUAAUUUUUAAAAUUGAUUUUCUGUAAUGACUGCAACAAUGUGAAAUUUAUAAUAUCAAUAUAUUAUUUAAAUUUAAAUUAAAAAACUAAUAUUAACAACCUAAAUUAAAAUCAAACAUUCUUUAUUUUAAUUUCAAGCCUUUUGACUAAAUCAUUUGACACAAUUUAUGUUAUUAAAUCAGGUGAUUAGCAUUUGCCUACACUACUAAUCUGGAAAUUAAAAUUUAUUUGUUUACAAUUUGUAAAAUGGAACAUUUAGAAUAUGUGACAAGGUUUAACUUGGUAUGAAUUUGAAUACAAUAUAGUGAUACUUAAAAAACUUGUAGCCAUUUUGUAAGUGAGGGUGUUAAUUUAUAGGGUGGUAAGUUAAGUUUCCAAUGUCUGUUUUACACAUGUAUAUACAUUUUAUUAUGUGAAGUAAAUAAUUGUAGGAAAUCUUUUAAUUCAAUUUGUUAUUAUUUUAAUACAUUUACAAAUAAAAGUUAUUGUUAAUGUUUAUUUUGUUUUAUAAUAGAUCUCAAAAUGUAAGCCAGUAUUUUUUAAUAAUUUAAUAUCUAUUAUUAAUCUAGUACUGUUUUAGUAGUAUUUUUAUUGGUGUAAAAUUAUUAACAGAAUUGUUUCAGUAUCAUGUCAAUUACAUAAAAAUAAUAAUAAUAAUAAACAAAAUUAGCUUUUUUUAAUUCUAUUUUCCUAAUUUAUUUUGAAUAAAAUUAAAUUUAAAAGAAGAUUCUAAUUGUAACUUUAAUAUUUUAUACUAUACAUUAUUAUAUUAUUAAAGUAUUACCUAAUAAGCAUAUUAAAUAGCAAUUUACAUUAAAUAGUACUGGGUAAUAAUUUAAGUAUAUUAUUGAUGCAAACAUUUUUGGAAUUUAAAAAAAAAAAUUUGUUAUUCAAAAUGUUUUUUACUUAUAAAUAGUUUAAAUUUCAACUAAAUAUGCUCCUAAGAGUUAUUUGCAUAUUUUUACUCAUUUUACAUUUACAAUUUUAUUUUUAUUUUUUAGAUUGAAUUUGAUGUUGCAGUGUGUUGUAAAAUGUAUAACACAAUCAAAACUAUAUCUUUUUGUCUUAAAAAUUAAAAUUAAAAGCAGGUAAUAUUUCAAUAUACAAAAUUAUUAUAAUAAUUAUUUUAAGUAAGAUUUAAAAUAAACUAUUUACACAACAAAAAAAAAAAAAACAUGUUAUUGUGCUUUUUUUAAAACACUUAUUAUUUUAGUAAUUUACAUUAUAUUAAAAUUAAGAUAAAUACAGCCAUAAGUUAUUUAACUAAGUAAUGCUGUCAAGGAAUCAAAAAACUUUGGUCGAUCUUUGGUUUUUAGUUCAGCAAUGGAUGAAUCGAAGUACUUCAAUUUAACUUCUAUAUUUGUAUUUUUUGCAACUUGCGAAAAUGCUUUUCCAAAAAAACUGAAACAUUAUAUAAUUAUAUUAUACUUAAGAAUAGUAAAUUUAAUACAUAAUGUAAUUUUUUUAUUGAAAUAAAAAUAAAUGAUCUAAUAACAGGUUAAUUUUGUUUUUUUCGUAUCCUUAUGAGAACAAAUUAUUAAUUGGUUUCAAUAGAUGUUUGAAAAUCACUUUUUUUAAUCAGGUAGCUGGAUUAUUUGUUUUGUCUUGUACACUGUUAAUACUAGUAUAACAUUCAAAGAAAUAAAUUAUUAUAAACUGUCAUUAAUUUCAUUCAUAUUUGGUUUUUUUUUUCUUAUUAAUAGUGUUGAUUUCUGGCUUUUGAGUCUAGGUAGAGUAAAAUGUUGAAUAUUGUGUAUUAUUAUUAACUUUUAUUUGUUCAAAAACAAUAAACAGCAUUAAAAGAUUUAAAAACAAAAAUACUACAAGAUCCUCCCCCUUGGACCAUAAAUUCACGGAUCAUGAUAAUACAACAAUAUUUUAGUUUCAAUUUUUUUUUUUCAUACAUUAAAAUGAUAAAUUUAAUUUACCUUCUAGGCAUUGUUUCUGUGAUUGGAGGGAUACCAACUAUUAAACAUGUUUCUUGCUCUGAAUUAAGAGUAGCUGAAGCAAUUAAUGGCAAACGAGUAGAUUUAGUUUUAUGUGAUGAUGCAAUUUGAGCUCUUAGUGCAAAUGAGGCAAUCAUCAUUAAGCAGUGAGGGUUAGAGUAAUGUUGGGAAUGUAACGUACCCUAAAUAGAAAACAAACAUAAUAACAUUAAAAAUUAAAAUUGAUUUAUCCAUUUUUAAACAAUUGUAUAAAAAAAAAUUUAUAAAGUAAUAAUGUACCUCUUGUAUAAUUAAAUAAUAAAAUGGUCCAGCCAAUAUAACUUGUCUCAUGUCCAAAGCAGCUUGAACAUGCCUAAACAUGUUAGUUAAUAUCCACUUGGCUUUUUCUAUUCCUUGAUCCAAUAAAUCUUUCUUUGAUCUAUACA